AUGGGAGUUUUUAUCCCGAUACUGUUUGCAGCAUUUGUUCUCCCUUCCUCGGUGGUGGCACAAUCAUUUGUGUACAAUGUUCUUGAUUAUGGUGCAGUUGGAGAUGGCUACAAUGACGAUACCAACGCUUUCAAGCAUGCAUGGGAAGCAGCAUGCACGUCCACACCAGAUUCAUCUUCUUCUGCUCCAACCAUGCAAAUCCCUUCAAAUACAAGUUUCUUCAUUCAGCCGGUGAUCUUCAGAGGCCCCUGUAGAUCGCCAAUCAUCAAUGUUGAGGCUUUGGAGAUUUCAGACUCGGAUGAUGUUCAAAUAACUAGUUUGAACUUCAAGGACAAUCCCAAAAUGCAUCUGGUCCUCAACAAUCUAAGAUCAGUUUCUGUCUCAACCAUACAUAUUGAUGCACCAGCAGAUAGCAAAAACACAGAUGGUAUCCAUAUCACCGGUUCUACAGAUGUUACCAUAGACAGUUGCAAAAUUGGCACUGGCGACGAUUGCGUCUCAAUUGUAAAUGGAUCUGCAAAUGUGAGGGUUACCAACAUCUUUUGUGGCCCUGGGCAUGGCAUAAGUAUUGGGAGUUUAGGCAAGCACGGUGCAGAAGACAAAGUUGAAAACAUCUACGUUAGUGAUGUUGUGUUCAGAAACACAGAGAAUGGUGCUAGGAUUAAGUCGUGGCAGGGUGGCAAGGGUUAUGCAAGAAAUAUAAUCUACGAGAGAAUAAUGUUGCAGGAUGCAGAUAAUCCCAUUAUCAUUGAUCAAUUCUACUGUGACCAUGAAAAAUGCAAAACUCAGGAAUCUGCAGUGCAAAUUCAUGACAUCACAUUUAGACAGGUGAUUGGAACAUCAAAGAAUAAGGUGGCGGUGAAAUUAGAUUGCAGUGAGACAGUUCCCUGUAGCAAUAUAAUUCUGAAUGAUAUUUAUAUUCUUUCAAGUGAAGAUCAGAGUACCACCACUUCCGAUUGCAAAAACGCUCAUGGAACAAUUCAAGGACGAAUGGUUCCUAAUCCAUCGUGUUUGACAAAAGUGUAG